GUUAUUGAAGUUUCUACUCCGCAUUUAGUUCAUUUGUAGGGACUAAUCCAUCAAACCCGACAGAACUACAAUCGGCCGCAUUGGCGGCCGCAUUUAGUUCAUUUUAACGUUUUACUCAAAACCGUGGCUAUUAUUACUAUCCGCAUCUUCCUCUAGUUCUUGAACUACGAUCCUCAUUCCCUGUAAUCACUGCAUUUCAAUGAUAACAACCUCGAAAACAUGGAAGAAACAAGAAAACUACUGAAAACUAUUCAUCAAAACAGCAACAACCCCAAAUUAGCAUGGAAUCUCUUCAAACAAAUCUUCUCUUCACCUUCCUCUUCAACCCAUCAUCACCAUCUUGUUCCCACAAUCACACGCAUCCUUCUCAACGCAAACAUGCACCACGAAAUCGAAAACCUCCGCAAUCUCAUCACAUCAAACCACCCCAACAAUGCUCAUCAUUCCCUCCUUUCAAUUCUCCAUAUAUUAGCCCAAUCAAGAAACCAUAUUGAUUUCGCUUUUUCCCAUUUCAAAUCACUCAGAGCUCAUUUUCCAUCAACCCCUCUUUCUCUUCAACUCUACCAUCUCCUUCUCCGUUCAAGUCUUCAGCAUAACCGUCCACAUUUCGUUACUUCUUUAUACACUGACAUGAUUCAAGCAGGUGUUAAUCCGGAAACAUAUACGUUUAAUCUUUUGAUUCAGUCUUUAUGUGAAUCAAAUGCUCUUGAACAUGCACUCCAACUGUUUGAUAAAAUGUCUGAAAAGGGUUGUCAUCCGAAUGAGUUUACUGUUGGGAUUCUUGUUCGCGGGUUUUGUCGAGCUGGGAAAACUAAGCAGGCUUUGGAGUUUGUUGAUAAUAAGUUGUGUUUUAAUGUUAAUAGGGUUGUGUUUAACACUCUUGUGUCUAGCUUUUGUAAACAGGAUAUGAAUGAUGAAGCUGAGAAAUUAGUGGAGAAGAUGAGAGAGAAGGGUUUGUUUCCUGAUGUUGUUACUUUUAAUGCUAGGAUAUCUGCACUUUGUAAAGCUGGGAAGGUUUUCGAGGCGUCGAGGAUUUUUAGGGAUAUGCAGAUGGAUGGAGAAUUGGGACUUCCUAGGCCCAAUGUUGUUACUUUUAAUUUGAUGCUUAAGGGGUUUUGUCAGCAAGGGAUGAUGAAGGAAGCUAGGUCUUUGGUUGAAACCAUGAAGAAAGCUGGUAAUUUUGUUAAUUUGGAGAGUUAUAAUACAUGGUUGUUGGGUUUGCUUAGAAAUGGAAAGUUGUUGGAGGCUCGAUCGGUUCUUGAUGAAAUGGUGGAGAAUGGUAUUGAACCGAAUAUUUACUCGUAUAAUAUUGUGAUGGAUGGGCUUUGCAAGAACCAUAUGCUGUUGGAUGCCAGAAGGUUGAUGGAUUUGAUGGUGAAUAAUGGUGUUUACCCAGAUACUGUUACUUACACUACUCUUCUACAUGGCUAUUGUAGCAACGGGAAGGUUUUUGAAGCUAAAGCUGUUCUUAAUGAAAUGAUUAAGAAAGGUUGUCAUCCAAAUACUUAUACUUGCAACACGUUGCUGAAUAGCCUGUGGAAAGAGGGGAGAAAAUGCGAGGCCGAGGAAAUGCUGCAAAAGAUGAAUGAAAAAAGUUAUCAGUUAGAUAUUGUGACUUGCAAUAUUGUGGUCAAUGGUCUGUGUAGAAACGGAGAAUUGGAGAAAGCAAGUGACGUUGUAAGUGAGAUGUGGACUGAUGGAACAGAUUCCCUUGGUAAAGAAAACUCAGUUGCUGGCCUAGUUAAUUCAAUCCACAAUGUAUCAACCAGCAUGCCUGAUGUGAUCACUUAUACAACCUUAAUUAAUGGGCUUUGCAAGGCCGGAAGGCUAGAGGAAGCCAAAAAGAAAUUUAUUGAGAUGAUGUCGAAAAAUUUGCACCCUGAUUCUGUGACCUACGAUACCUUUGUAUUGAGUUUCUGUAAACAAGGGAAGAUAUCAUCGGCUUUACGUGUAUUGAAAGAUAUGGAGAGAAAUGGUUGCAGCAAGACCCUUCAAACUUACAAUUCAUUGAUCUUGGGGUUAGGAAGUAAAGGGCAGAUAUUUGAAAUGUACGGAUUGAUGGACGAGAUGAGAGAAAGAGGAAUAGGUCCAGAUGUUUGCACUUACAAUAAUAUGAUUAGUUGUCUUUGCGAAGGAGGGAAAACAAAGGAUGCCACUUCUCUUUUACAUGAAAUGUUGGAUAAGGGCGUAUCUCCCAAUGUAUCUUCCUUCAAAAUAUUGAUUAAAGCCUUCUGCAAAUCUGGAGAUUUUAAAGUAGCAUGUGAUCUUUUCGACGUAGCAUUGGGUGUAUGUGACCACAAAGAAGCCUUGUACAGUUUGAUGUUCAAUGAAUUACUUGCCGGGGGGAAACUCUCUGAUGCAAAGGAGCUAUUUGAAGUUUCGUUAGAUAGAUCUCUCUUAUCAAAGAAUUUCAUGUAUAAAGAUUUGAUUGACAAACUUUGCAAGGAUGAUAGGUUAGAUGAUGCCCACAGCCUUCUUCAGAAAUUGAUUGAUAAGGGAUAUGGUUUUGACCCUUCAUCAUUCAUACCCGUGAUUGAUGGCUUAAGUAAAAGGGGAAACAAACAACAAGCUGAUGAACUUGCAAGGAUAAUGGAAUUGGCUUUAGAAGAUAAGACUGAUCGAAAUGGAAACACCAUCUUUCGUCGAAAAUUACACAAGGAUGGUGGAAGUGAUUGGCAAGAUAUAAUUAACAGGGAUGUUGGUAGUGGAAUCGCUUUGAAAACUCUGAAGCGUGUAGAAAAAGGUUGGGGUCAAGAAAGUAUAUCGAGUUUACUGCCUCAAAAGAAUGAUUUUCUUGAUUACUAAGAUUUUCUUGAUAUGUAUAUCUUGGUUUGAGGUUGGAGAUAUUGAAGACCUCUUUGUAAGUAAAGCAAGUUUUCAUUUUUUAUCUAUCAUUCCUUUCAAUUUUAAGAUAAGCAACACAAAUAUUAAACUUUUCUCCAUCUUGUAUGGCAUAAUUGUGUGUACAGAAAAUUUGUUUGGUAAUUGUUUAGGAAUAUUAACACGGUCCGAAAGGAUUUAAUCUAAGAAAAGUAUUACACUCAAAUGAUUGGAAAUGAUAAUUGAACUAAAAUAUUCGAAGGAACCAUGUUAAUAUUCCAACUGCAUGUCUUUAUUAUUUUUUAUGGAUGAGAUAAUGCAAACAAUACGUUUAUUUAUAUUUCAUUUUCUACUAAUAUAGCAUCACAUUGGUGCCAUUGAAUAGACAAUAGCAUUAUUACCUAAAUCUAAAUGACCUUACUACCACUGAAAAAUAUGAUAAUAUGUAGGUACUAGGUAGUAGUACAAUCGAUACACUCCUGGUUCCUACCAAAUCUAAUUCACAAGAUCCUAAUUCAUAACUAAACAUUGGUUGAAAUAAGUUGGAACCACUGGCUUUGGGGAUUCUCCAAACAUGAAGAAUCAUAAUCAUCUAUGCAGAUGCAUUUUCUGGUCACUAUCUUGGAGGAAUCUGAAUCAAUUUCCAAGCACAAAUGGGAUCUGUUCCCAUCAGAGGUGGCCAAGUGAAGACCGGUCUUUGAAACAGAUCUCCAUGAACUUUGCUGCGACAAGCAAUGUUUUGAGAGAGUUGCAGGAAGCCCUUCGCCCUCUGCUUUUAGACACAGAGCAGAAUCCAUCAACCUUAUUGGAGAACCAUUUCCCUCAGAACUCCAUUGGCUAUGACUCUUACAAUCACCCAAUACAAGUUCAUUGUUGCUCUUGUUCACAUGAGCGCACUUACCGGUCAAUGGAUGGAACAUUAUAUGAGACUUCGAGAGGUUUGAACUUGGAUCUGCAUAUGUAAAUCAUAUAAACACUUUUUAGGCAUAAAUUAUGAUUGCAUUUGAAAAAUCUUAUUUACACUUAAGCUUAGCUUAUCAUAGAAUAUAAACACCUGUGAGAGUAUUUGUGACAGUUUAUGAAAAUAGUUUUUUACAUGUUCAUAUAUAGUGCAUA